CAUGGAGAGAGAGAAAACUCUGUUAAAUCUCAAAUAAUGGCGAGGCGAUCGUCCAUCGUUCAUGUCCCCAAUCGACGAUUCCGUUCCGAUCACGAUAACGGCCGUCAUCCGCCGCCUGACUACAACAACUCGCCUGACGGCCGCCGCUACCGUCGCAGCCCCAGCUAUGAAAGGUACGACCGCAACCGAAAGCGUUCUUAUUCUCCCGAUUAUCCAAACCCUAGACGAAGCCCUAGGUCCGACAGAGGCCGAAGACUCGGUCGUUCCACCAACGACCGGUCUUACUCCCCUGAUUAUUCGAAUCCUCGACGAAGCCCUAGGUCUAACGGAGGGGCGGAGUCUCUUCCGAGGAGAUUCGGGCGGGCCGGGAACGAUAGGGAAAGGGAUGGAAGGCGGCCGGAGUCGGAGGAGUCCGAUGAGGAGCUGAAGGGGUUGAACUUUGAGGAGUUUAGGAGGCUGAAGAGGCAGAAGCUGAGGAAGGGGUUGAGGAGUUGUAUCUGGAAUGUGACACCGAGCCCGCCGAGGACUGAGAACGAUGAGUUGGAUUUGGAGGAUAAGGCUGAGGAGGUUGUUGAGGGUUUUGGUGUUGAGAAUGAUGAUUUAGGUGAGAAGUUGAAGGAGAAAGCCGUGAGUGAGUCUGGGUCAGAUUCGGAAUCGGAAUCGGAGGAUUCCAAGUCGAGGAAGAGGAAGAGGAAGAGGAAGAAGAGCUCGGGUUCUAAGCGUAGGAGGAAGAGUGAUAGUGAUAGUGAUAGCGAAUCGGAGAGCGAGAGUGAUGAGGAGGAGGAUAGGAGAAGGAGAAGGAAAGGGAGAAGUAGGAGUAGGAGGAAGAAGAGUAGGAGAGAGAGGAGGAGGAGGAGGAAGAGUAGGAGGAGUAGUGAUUCUGAUGAGAGUGAGAGUGAGAGUGAGGGUUCGGAUUCUGAUAGGGUGAAUUCGUCGAAGAAGAAGAAGAAGGGGGGAAAGGUGAGCAGUAAGAGUAAGAAGAAGAAGAAGCAGUCUGAAACCGAGAGUAGUGAGGGUUCUGGUUCGGAGAAGAGUUUGGAUACCGAAGUUGAUGCCAAGCCUAAAGCUUUGGUGGAAGUGGAGGACCCGGAAUUGGAUGAAAAUAGUAUCGAGGCGCUGAAAUUGAAGGAAAUUCUUGAGGCUCAGAGGAAUCCUUCAUUGGAUUUGGAUAAUGAACCUGUGGUUGGGCCAAUGCCCUUGCCUAGAGCUGAAGGGCAUAUUAGUUAUGGUGGGGCGCUUAGGCCCGGUGAGGGUGAUGCCAUUGCACAGUAUGUUCAACAAGGGAAGCGUAUUCCACGAAGAGGAGAAGUGGGUCUGUCUGCUGAUGAGAUUCAGAAGUUUGAGGGUCUUGGCUAUGUGAUGAGUGGUAGCAGGCACCAGAGGAUGAAUGCCAUUCGUAUUAGAAAAGAAAACCAGGUUUAUAGUGCUGAGGAUAAGAGGGCAUUGGCCAUGUUCAACUAUGAGGAGAAAGCAAAGCGUGAGCAUAAGGUUAUGGCUGAUUUGCAGCGGCUGGUUCAGCGCCAUAUUGGACAGGAUGUUGGUCCUACUCAUGAUCCCUUUUCUUCCAAGGCUUCCGAGGAUCCUGAUGAUGAUUAGUUUCAUCACUUCAUGUAUGUUUUUUUGUUAACUGAGUUGUUUUUCCUCUGCUUUAAAGAAACUAUGUAUGUUAUGAAUUGAUAUUGAGAAGUAGCAGUACUGAAAUGGAUGCUUUGUUUAUGGUUGAUA